AUGGCGAAGAGGUACGACUCGCCUUACAAGGUGCAUAUUCCACCUAUUGACGUUGCGACCUUUGUAUUUUCCUCGGAUUCAGAGAAUGAUCAUUCAAGUCCACAGUACUUUGAUGCGGACCGACCGGAACGGAAUUUUAGCCUGCAACAGGCCAAGGCACUUGUCAAGAGGGUUGGGAAAGGGCUACUUGAUCUCAGACUGAAGCCGGAUGAUAAGGUGCUUUUGUACUCUGGCAACUCGCUGUACUUCCCAAUCCUCUUUUGGGGGACGGUGUCUGCGGGCUGUGUGUUCACUGGCUGUUCUCCAAGUGCAUCUGUGACCGAGCUCUCAUAUCAAUUACGGGACUCCAAUGCGACGUUGGUCAUAACCAGCUCGGCGGGUGCCUCUCGGGCUCUUGAAGCGGCAUCACAAGUCGGCAUCCCGAAGGACAGAGUCUUCGAGUUUGUUGAUCCGGACAAAACCCCUACUAGGGGUGAUAUUCUGCCAUGGACAAAUUUCUGGGCUUCAGAGGAGGGCGGUGCUGCGUGGGAGUGGAGAAAAUUCUCAACGGUCGAUGAGGCUCAAACGACCACCGCUGUUGUCAAUUAUUCAAGCGGAACGACUGGUGUGCCAAAAGGAGUCGAAAUAUCACACUAUAACAUUGUCUCGAACUGCUUGCAAGUUAUAUUCAAACGAAAUAUGAUUGGCGAAACAUCAAGGGCAAAGGAACGAAAGCAACGCAUCGAAGCAGGAGGAGAACGAUGGUUAGCGCCUUUACCAAUGUUUCAUGCAUAUGGCCAAAUGUACUACUCACGUAUGGGUGUUAAAGUCUUUAUUAUGAUGGAGUACAGUAUUCAGAGAUAUCUCCUGUUCCUCGAUAUAUACCGAAUCACAUUCCUCACUGGCGUUCCAACGCUCAUGGUUGCGCUAUCAAAACACCCUCAGGCCGAAUCAUUCAAUCUCAAAUCGAUAGAAUCCGUCGUGACAGGCUCUGCACCCCUCAAUCCUGAGAUUGGACGAUUGGUGGAGAAGACCCAUCUGCGCCCGGGUGUUCAGGUGAAGCAAGGUUGGGGAAUGACCGAGACCACCUGCUCAGCAACAGGAUUCGCACAGGAUGAUGAAGACGACGGUAGAUCAAUUGGCUGGUUGAAUCCCAAUGUAUCUGCUAAGAUUGUACCAAUGCCUGAGCACGGGUUCGAGCAAACCCCUGAGAUCCCAUACGUCGUGGGCGAAAUCUGGGUUUCUGGCCCUAAUAUAAUGAGGGGCUACUACAAGAAGGCUAAAGAAACGUCCGAGACAAUAGUCUACGAGGACGGACUGCGGUGGCUGCGUACUGGCGAUAUCGGAUACGUCGACUCAAGGGGAUGCUUCUAUAUUGUGGACCGUAUGAAGGAACUCAUAAAGGUGAAAGGCUUGCAGGUCGCGCCAGCAGAGAUUGAGCAAGUCCUUCUGACGCAUCACGCUAUUGCGGAUGCAGCCGUGAUAGGAGAGAAAAGACCAGCUGGCGAAUAUCCCAAGGCAUUUGUCGUUAGAGCACCUGGUACAGCGGUAUCUGCAAGAGAAAUCGAAAGGUAUAUCGAGACUAGAAUGUCUCGACACAAGUGGUUAACGGCUGGGGUUCAUUUUAUUGAUACAAUACCUCGAACCCCUAGUGGGAAGGUGAUCAGACGGGAGCUACAAAAACUCAAGACGGCCUCUGUCGAUGGAGCUGCGAAGCUGUAG